AUGUUCCGUCGUCACCGUCCCACCACGACCACCACUCGUACCUCCAAGCCCAGUCUAUUGACUCGUCUUCGUGGUCCUAAUGCCCGCACUCGGACCGUCAAGACGAAGACGACCACGACGCGCCAUAACGGCGCCUACGGUCGUACCAGGGCCACUGCUCCCGUACAUCACCACCGUCGAAAGGUCACACUGGGAGACAAGGUGUCCGGAGCGAUGCUGAGAUUAAAAGGCGCUUUAACACAUCGACCAGCAGUAAAGGCCGCUGGCACUCGCCGCAUGCAUGGCACUGAUGGACGUGGAACCCAUCACCGUCGUGCUUAUUAUUAA